AUGAACCAUCUACCGGCGGAGCUGAUGGUAAAAAUCGCCGAGCAUUUGCGGGACGACUUUGUGUCGCUUUCGGCGCUCACAGACACGUGCCAAACGACCCGCAAUGUGCUGGCCGAUGCUGAAAACGACUUUCUGUGGAAAAACGCGGCCCGCGAUCUCUGUUUCUACAUCGACAAGAGCUACGGGGGCUCCGAAAGCUGGCGAAUGACGUGUUAUCGACUCUGGAAGGUGGUGGGCGAACCACAAAAGCACUGGUGCCACGUGGAAGACAACUCCGUGGUGAAACGAUACUGGGACAUGCGAAUCGACAAGGGGAGCAUCUACACAAUGGGACUCAAGGAGGUGAACACAACGACCGCCAACGCAGACGCAGACGACAAGAUGGGCGCCGAAUCGGACGACCCUAUGAAUACAAAACGACGCUUGCUCUGCGGGGGAACAUUUGCCAAUGCGGCCCAACUCAACACGCUCGACACUCCUCCUCACAACACAUACGACGUUGUGAAUCGCAAAACGGCGCCGGUGGCCGUGCUACCGCUCGGUAACAAUCUCUUUGGCUUGAUUGUCAAAUUUAACAACUCUGGAAACAACAUGACGGCGAGUUUAACGGACUUUACAACGUGGAGAUUCGACCUGGAGAUGGAGAGCGACUUCCAGGUAUCUGGCCUCGUCAUGCUCGUCCACUGUGCUCUGGUUGAUCCAGACGGCACGGGACACUUUGUGUUCAGCUACACCGCAUCUUCUGGCAUCAAAAAGACACUGCUGAUCUGCCAAACAGGGCAACAAGAGCUGUCCGAAGCUGAUCUGAGAAAUACAGAGCUGAGGUUCCCGCCCAAAUGGUUUGUUCCUACGCGCAGCUUCAUCAACUCCUUUUCACGCAUCUCUGCGUCCAUCUACUGUCUCUACUUGCAGACCAAUAUUGCCAUUUUUGACUGUGAGACGGGCGAGAUCUGGAACUGUUUCCACGGGGUGAGCAACUGGAACGCGACUGUGGUCUUUUGUGGUCCCUGGGUGGUUUUGGCGAUCGAUAGAAACGUCUACGUGAAUUUUCUGGCCAAGAAACUGCGCUAUUUGCCCCAAAUGAAGGAGACGGGGGAUGCAGAGACAACCGCGACACGUCAGUAUCGCACUCCACUUGCCCGACGAGUGUCCAACACUAUCAGACACCGGUUUGAAGAGGAGGACGAAAACUGGGCGGUUUUGCUGGUCAAGAAACGUAUCAACAUCAACCGCACAUUUGAGGACGAGGUUUUGUUGAGCACGGAGAACACGUACCAAAAGUACAUUUACCUUCACAGACCUUUCCAAGAAACGGAUCAUGUGUUUCUGGAUGUUGAGACCAUGGAGGGCAUUAAAAUUGCUGUUCAGUAUGGCACCAAGGAGGUUGCUGUGGACGAGGACAUGAGGGUUUACGAGAGGAGAUGA